CAAAAGUGAAGUCAGAAGUGUGCCAGAGCAUAUUAAAUAAAAAUUGCAAUUGCAAUAUAUUAAAAUAUAUCUUUUCUUCUGAUCUUCUGCCAUGGGUCGUCGCAAGUCCAAACGCAAAGGAGCCCCAAGAAAGAAAAACAUUCAGCCGCUGCCCAUUCUUUUCGAUUGUCCUUUCUGCAAUCACAAGCAGUCCUGUGAAGCAAAACUGGAUAAGGUGAGAAAAAUAGGAAGAGUUACCUGUACCGUGUGCCAGGAAUUUUUUCAAACGCAAAUCAACUUUCUCACGGAGGCAAUUGAUGUAUUCAACGAUUGGAUUGAUGCUUGCGAGGAGGAAAACUAACGUUUAACACUUUUUAA